GUCCUCCGGCUUGGCCUGACCGAGCCGGCGUGGACGUCGCCGCUCAACUUCGGCGUGAGGGACGGCGCCUUCGCCUGUGCUGGAUGCAGUGCGAUCCUCUUCGACUCGUCCGCCAAGUUUGACUCUGGCACGGGCUGGCCCUCGUUCUGGAGGACUGCAGCGGAGAGCGCCGUCGGCUACCGGGAGGAGUACGCCGGCGGCGGCUACUUGGACGGCGGCAGCGUCCGCUCCGCGACCGAGGUGCACUGCGAGGCGUGCGGCGGCCACCUCGGCCACGUCUUUCUCGACGGGCCA